AAAGAAGUCAUAGAAGGCAUGUAGCCUAACUGAAAUAGUGUCACCGCGGCAUCACGGCAGGUACGCCUUCCUUUCCGGGCUCCCCAGGGUCUGUUGUCUUGUGGACUUGGAUUCAGUGUUCGCUACAAUGAUGCUCUGUUGGGGUCUGCACUUGCUCCAUGCGCUCUCCUGGCUACUCGUGAUGAGUACACAGCGCGUUACAUCCAAUUGUGGUCCAGGUUUCAAAAAGGGCAAAUCUGGUUGCGACCCCUGUCCUGACGGAGAAUUCAAGUCUAAAUCUAGUUCAUCAUCAUUCUGUACAAUUUGUGAUAAUUGUGGAGAAGGAACCACACAAACGUCUCCUUGCACAAAGACAAGUAAUAUUAUAUGCAGCUGCCGUGAAGGAUUCACUCGUCGCCAUCGAUUUGCAUGUAUUUGUGACAAAGGCUCGGGGGUUGAUUCUACAGGGAAAUGUGUGAAAUGUGAGGAUGGCUUCUUCAACAAUGGAGUUGAUGAAAAGACAACGUGUCAAAAACAGAAAGAUUGUGGGCCGUAUGGCGUUAAGGUCCCAGGCAGUGCUACCUCUGAUGUCACUUGUUACACUGCCACAGAAGGAGGGCCGGGGCAGACCCCUCUGGUCACUGCCUCAUCCUCAAGUCCCACACUGAAGAAGUCUACCUCGGCCAUCACCUUGGCAACAGCUGCUUCGAUGAAUCAACAGCUCAUUCACAGAGUCAACUCUUCUACUCUUCCUUCUUGGGUCACCACCCAGUCAAAAGCUACCCCAGCACCAGCUUCACACUAUUAUAAUGGGAUGGUUGCACUCCUCAUCACUUCGUUUUUCCUCACGAUCCUCUGUUUUACAUUGAUUUUCAAGUUGGCUGCUGGUCUGUGUCUCAACCGAUUUAAGAAACAGAUCGUCCGAGCAGACACCGUGUGCAGGAAGCCGGUGGAGGAGAGCGGGGAUAAGAGCAGCUCCUCCCUGGUCAGCUCCACCGACUCAUCACAGACCUUUGAGGAUGUGUAGGCAUCAUGGAAGCACAUUGGCCCCUUAUGAUGCAUGUUCCAUGUCUGAAUAAGGAGAGUGAUUUGGUUCAUGAUUGUCUG